GCCAUCGUCACAGGUCCCCAGGUCUCAGCCUUGUCAGCAAUCUUCCCCAAUUGUCAAUCCCAAUUCCGAUAGCCACGAUCAGUCCACGUCCAUCUCGUGAAGGAUUGGCCUCCCAACUCUCCAACCAGAGCAGAUAAGCCACCUCGCGAAACUAGCCGGCCGUAGCAGUUCGUCAAAUACCCGGCCAGCGAUUCUCGCGGCGCUUCCACAAACAGACUGACAGUCGGCUAAGGCCGACCUUUGAAAGAGAGAACUGGUCUGGCAAGGAGCAGAAGUUGUACGGCAUCCGAAUAUACUCCCUUAGGGGCCGCAAGACGCUCCUCGGUCCAUCACAUUCACAGCCAUCAUGACGAGCGGCAGCCCAUCAACACCGGCCAAGGUGGCCGCGUCGGCGACAAGCUACACACCCGCCACGCUUGAUCCAGACCUUAGAUCACAGAUUAACUCUCUAUUAAUACGGGACGGACAUGUCACCAAAAUCCAAGACCACCUCCUCCACUCCCUCCACGCCCACCCAACCAACUGGCCCACAGCAAUCCAGACCCACGCCCUCACCCUCCUCCGCUCAGGCGAGGUGACAACCUUCCCCGCCCUCCUCCGCCGCGUCAUGGACGACGUGCGCCAGGACACCGCCCUCGCUUCCGGCGGCGGUGCAGGCGACGUGGAUCUCAACGGCAGCAGCAGCAGCAACGGCAACAACAACAACAAGGUCAACGGCUCGGCCGCCGCCGGGGAGGAUGAGGAUAAGAACAAGAAGAAUAAGAAGUCGACGGCGGCGGCGACGACCAUUCAUGGCUUGGCCGUGCCGCAGGCCGUCGUCGAGGAGGCGCUCAAGGUGACGCGCGAGAGCCUGGAGACGAUCUGCGAGAUUGAGGGGGAUGGCGCCACGUGAGUGUCCGUCUUGCAGGGGGGCGGGGGCGGGUGGGUAAUCAAGGAAAGGGGCUUUAGUUGCCCCGGUGAGAAGGAGGAUGGACGGCAAAUAUAUUUACAAAUGAACACGGAGGAAGCGGAUAGGUGGCCAGGAAGGGGUUGCAUUUGGAUAGGGGAGGGGGGAUGCCAGGGGCAAAUUGGGAGAGUCGGCUGCAAGACGGGAGCUUUGGGCUCGACUCCAUGGAUUGGGACUCUUUCUCCUGGCCCCGUGCCCUCUGGACGGGUCCCAUGAAACGACAUGUUAUGAUGACUUACUUAUAAGGCGGAGGAGGUGGCGGCAUUCGUGGCCAGGGUUCUCGAAAAAUAGAAUCUGUACAAAAUAUCAAUUGGAAUAGUAGGCUUUGAACCAUUCUCGGCCUAUAUUAUGUUUCGAAACGCAA